GGCCAACAGGCAACGAUGGGCGCACCGCAGGCGGGAGGCAUUGAGGGGGCCCGGGCCACCAGGCAGACGGCACCUCCAAUACACAGGAAGGAGACUGGCCAGACAAAAGAGCUGGAGACAAGGAGCACCGGGGGCAGGGCAGGGGGCCCAGAGCCUAAAAGCAGCAGGCCUGAGGCAGGAACAGCGGAGAAGGAAGCUCGCCAGCCCACCAGGCUGGGCUCCCUGCUCGCCUUUCUGCAGCCCUGCAGUCUCCUCCAGGCUUCAAACCCCCUUCGGCACCGAGGCACUGGGGAUCAUAAGAUCAGACCUGAAAUCUGGGAGUCCUGGCUCUCAUGUAAGUGUCGACACAGGACCCAGCAAGUACUCAAGUCACAGGCCUUCGUGUCAAAAACUCUCCUCCAGCACAAGUUUCAUGACAGUUUUGGAAGACAAUUCAGCAAGAGCGUUUCAAGGUUGAAGAGUGACUUGUACGAAGAUGGCAGAUCCUGUGAAAUUAUGGGAGUCUUCCAGGUCUCAGCUUAACAGGCCACAGCAUGAACAACCAUCCCAGAAUGGGGAAGGAGAAAGCAAAGAAUCAGAACUCAAAUGCAAUCUGCUCUUUGUUGUUAAAGAAGACCACCAGGUCCUUCCAGAGCUGGUUGUUGAUAGAUUUGAGGAAGAAGUGGUGAGUCAUGAACAGGAAGGGCUUAGGCAUGCACAAGAGCGCAAGGUGUCAUCAGGACGUCAAAGAAAAAACACCUUCCAAAGUAAUGACAUACCUCAUCAGAAGUCUCAAAACACCAGUUUGAAAAUAGCCUUUCAGGACAAACAGACAGGCAAGUCCAAGGAGAGAUGCUGUAACAUGAAAGAAUUCCAGGACACUGUUGUCUUGGGGAGAACUUCAACAGGGCAGAGUCCUUAUCAGUGUACUGUGUGCAGGAAAAGUUUCAACUCUAGCUCAAACCUUCUCCAUCACCAGCAUAGCCACACAGCAGAGAAGCCUUACAAGUGCACGCAAUGCUGGAAGAGCUUCAGCCGCAACUCAACUCUGACUCAGCACCAGGAGGUACACCGGGGGGAGCGCAUCUUUGAGUGUUCAGAGUGUGGUGAUCAUUUUACACGCAGCUCCAGCCUCACCCUCCAUCAGAAGACUCACAAAGGGGAGAAGCCCCACCUGUGCACACAAUGUGGUCAGCGUUUCCACAGUGCUUCUGAGCUGGUGGCUCACCAGGGCUUACACUCAUGACUUGUGGUCCAUACAUGAAUGUGGGUCUUUGGACCUCGAGGUGUAAACUGGAACCACAGGAAUAAGGAUGAAACAAUCCCUCUCUAGGACCAACCUCCCUACAUUUAUUUUUCUUCAUUUGGUCUAACUUAAAGAUAUGUGGUGUCUAAGGAGGUGUCUAAGAUUGGCAAAGCAAAGAAAGGGGUAGUCCCUAAUGUAAAGAGCCUGGUUGAAAGAUCAACUAAUUACUAGGAGAGUCCAGUGGCUGAAGAAUGCCUUCUUCACAUAAGAUGUGAAGAUGAUUGAGAUGGAAUUAGGAGUUUGAAUUUAUUUAAAAGACAGUAUUGGAGAGAGAAAUAAGAUAGAUUCCUAGGCAAGAUGUGAACUAGGUACUUUAAUGAUACAGUUUUUGUUCCAAGUUCAGCUACAGGAUGACCUUGUGCUAAUUACUUUGUCUGUCUAUGUCUUUAUGACUCAUAGUUUAAAAAAGGAAUUAGUCUAACUUAACUUUAUCAAUGUAGAUUAUGGACUAAUGUGUGCCCAGAUCCUAAAGUCAUUGGAGACAGAUGUGUUUAGUAGUAUAAAGAGCAACAUGUUCUGAAACGUGUAUGUCUCUUUCCUUUGCUUUUAAAAGGAAGAUUUUUCUAAAACUUUGGGCUUUAGAAGUUCUUUCAUCUUUUAAUGGAAUUUGGGUUGCUAACUUGCAAAGACACUUCUGAUAUUAGCCUUUUGUAAUUAUCCAAGGUUUCUGAAGGGAUCAUUGCUAGAUCAAACAUGAAAAUGAACCAUUCUUUCCUGCUCAGUGCUUAUAGAUCUCUGUAAGUCCUUAGCAUCAGCAGAAAAAGUUUGAUACUGAAGUUAAGAGUCUUCUACUAGAAAUCUUUAAUUCCCAGCUUGCCUAAAUAUCUGCUUGAGGAGAAAGGAAUGACUUGAGAAUUGUACUUAAAUAUGUGAGAACAGUGUCUCUACUGUCGUGGAACUCAUAGGGAUAGUCAGACCGGAAAUGAGAAGAGGAUUUUCAUUUUAUUCUACAAUUACACUUUUAAUGGAAAAUGGAGCAGUUACUGAGAAUUGAGAUGACUGUCCCCUCUUGACUUUCACCAACUGAAUAGUUUCUUCAGUAGAAAUUAGAACCCAUCUUAUGGGUCCACAGAGAUCAGGGAAUUGAUGUUUGUGGCAAUUCCUACCCUAAAGAAAUUUCACCAUUUUUCAUUGAGAUGAAAGGAUGAAGAGAGACAGACACCCUGGGGUACCAAAGCAGGCUGGAGAAGUGUCUGUCAUUACAGCCUACGCUCUUGAUGUCACUUCACCGUGCUUUAUGGCUGUGUUGGCUUUGUUGUGGUUGUAAUUAGCAGAGUAGUACCCGAAGACUAUUUUUGUAUAUUAAUAAACAGAAAAUAUCUUAGAA